AUGAGAUUACAUCCAAUAUUUCUUGAACCUGAAGUACAUUCAAGUAUAUUUCUAUUGACCAAUAUAAUUGGUUCAAUAUUUAUUCGAUUAAUUAUUCAUUCAUGGCCUUUAUCAUUAUUUUGGUCAAUAUUUUAUAUUAUUCUCAUUUUUUUAAUUAAUCAUGCUUUAGCAGCUGGUCGUUAUUAUCUACCAAUUAAAAAUUUACGUGAUCAAACAGUAAUUGUUACUGGUGCAGCAAGUGGAAUUGGUCGUGUUAGUGCUCUUAGUUUUGCUAAACUCGGCGCUCGUGUUAUUAUUGGUAUUCGUGGACAAGAACGUGCAGAAAGAAUCGCAAAACAAUUAUCAAAAGAAUCAAAUAAUGGAACAGUCAUUGGGUAUGAUCUUGAUCUAUCAAGUUUAGAAAAUGUUAAAAAAUUUGCUGAAAAAAUUGAUCAUGUUGAUAUUUUACUUAAUAAUGCUGGUACUAUGCCAGAAAUAUAUUCCGAAACAGUCGAUGGAAUUGAACAACAAUUUGCUACCAAUUAUAUUGGUCAUUUUUAUUUAACUCAACUUCUUUUACCUUUACUUACCAAUGGUCGUGUUGUAAAUGUUAGUAGUUUAGUGCAUCAUGCAGUUCCAUCGACGGGUAUUGAUUAUUCAUUUUCAAAAUUAAAACAAAAAUAUAAUCAUAUACAAGCAUAUGCAUUUUCAAAAUUAGCACAAAUCUAUCAUGCUAGUGAAUUAACACGUCGUUAUGGUAUUAAAGCUUAUUCAUUACAUCCCGGCACAGUUAUGAAUACGAAUUUAAAUAUCCAUAAAUCUGUUGUGGAACGAUUUAUUCUUCUUCUAUUAUCUGCAGUUGGUAAAACAGUUGAACAAGGUGCUAUGACUUCACUUUAUUGUGCAUUAUCCAAUGAUGCUAAACCUGGUCACUUUCAUUCGAAUUGUCAAGUAAGACGAGCAAGUAAAUUAGCAUUAGAUGCUCGUCGUGCAGAAGAAUGUUGGAAUGAAAGUGAAAAAUUAAUAAAUGAAAAAAUAAAAUCAUAG